AUGACUGAAGAAACUAUUGCUAGCCAUAUGGAUGAGGAUUCACUUUUAUUAUUACUUCGAGAUGCUAUUGUACAACAUUCAUCUCCCAAUGAUAUUAAACUCAUUCUCAGUUGUAAAUAUAUAAAUAUUGAUGGAAGUGUUCGACGUGGUCUUCGACCAUUACAUUAUGCUGCAUUUGAAAAUGAUUUUGAAUGUGUUCGAUUACUUAUUGAAGACUAUCAUGCAGAUGUAAAUAUAUUAGACGAAGCUGGAUAUUCACCUUUACAUUUAGCUGCUAAAUAUGGUUUUAUUGAUAUCAUGCAUUUAUUAAUUGAUCAUGGUUCUCUUGUUAAUUUUCGUAUAGCAGCAACAAAUAAUAGUCAAACUCGUUCAAUAGCUGUACCUUAUUAUGAUUUAAUGAUCGAACCAUUGAGUCUUUGUUUGGAAAAUAAUCAUAUUGAAUGUGCACGUUUACUUCUUUGUUCUGGUGCUGAUGUAAAUCAACAAUAUUUUCUUGGUUAUGAAAUUAAUUUAUUACCUUAUGAGAAUUAUAAUGCAUUGGAAUUAAUUCUUAAAUAUGGUGCUAAUCCAAAUGCACUUUCACGUAGUGGUAUUACACCAUUAAUAAAAGCUUGUCGUGAAGGAAAUAUAGGUGCUGUCAUUUUAUUAUGUCGUUAUGGAGCUAAUGUUAAUUAUGUAACAAAAAAAUUUCGACAACGUAAUGCUCUUGUUACAGCUAUUGAAUCAAAACGAAAUGAUAUUGUUGAACAUUUAUUAACUUCCGGUGGUUUUACUAAUAAAAAUCCAGAAUUAUGUAAUUCACCGUUAGAAUUAGCUAUUCGAAAAGAUGCAAUUGAUAUAAUUCAACUUUUAAUUGCAUUUGGUGCUGAUACAAAUGAAGAAACAAAUGAAGAUGUUGAAUGUAUAACACCAUUAAUACUUGCUUGUCAAUGUUCAUAUCUUACAAAUCAAUAUAAUAUUAUUAAAUGUCUUCUUGAAAAUGAUGCUCAACCAAAUCAAUCUGUUUCAAAUAAUCGUCAACAUCAUCAUCAACAUGUUCCAUUUCGGACCCCAUUAGUUGCUUAUAUUAAACAUGCUCAAGAUCGACGACUUGAUAUGCGUAUUAUUCGUUUACUUUUUAGUUAUGGUGCUCGAAUAUCAUUUUCACGAGGACGAGAUAGUGUUCUUCGUUUCUUACGUCGUUUUCAAUCAAAUCCAUAUUUUAUUGAAUUACUAUGUGAUGCAGCUUAUUGUUUUCAUCCCAGUUAUUUAGCUGAAUCUAUGGAACUUGAUGAAAAUGUUAAAAAAGAAAUUUAUCGACGUGCAACAACACCAUGUACAUUAAAAAAUAUUUUACGAAAACAAAUUCGUACACAUUUAUUUAAUUCAUCAAUUAAAAUACGAAUUGAUCGAGCCGUACAAAAACUUGAUGUACCUAAAUUUCUUCAAAGUUAUUUACUCUUCGACAGUGUUUAA